UCUUCUCCACGCCAAGCAUCCAAAACCCCUGAACCCCUUCGUUCCCAAAGCGGCUGAUAGGAAAGGACCGACAACAACAAGAGAGAUAGAGAAACAACGAAGAGAUGGACCACAUAGCGGCAGUAGAAGAACGAAUGGUAUCCGAUAGAUUGAGAAGGAAGCUCGAGGAAGUGAACGUCGCGGCGCAGGAUCAGCUCUCUACCAUCCAAGACUACGUCAACUUCAGUCUCCAGCAAGCGUACUUCAAAUGUGCGUAUGAAUGCUUCGACAGGGGGCGGAAGCAGGAGGAUAUCAACAACUGCGUGGAGCGUUGCAGUGUUCCGGUUGUCAAUGCCAAUAAUAUUGUUCAGACUGAAAUGGCCAGAUUUCAGGAACGAAUGAACCGGUCUCUAAUGGUAUGCCAAGACAAGUUUGAAGCAGCAAAAAUCCAGCAGAAAACAAAUGCCAUGAAUGAUUUGGAGUCCUGUGUCAAUCAGGCUAUUGACGACAAUAUAAAAACCCUUCCUCACAUUGUUGACCGUAUCAAGGCAUCUCUCUCUAUCAGUUGAAAGUUUUACUGAAUUUGCUUCAAUAAUUAAGAGCAUCAUUAUUCCAGAUGUGGUCAAAAUUUUUUAGACUAUAGACUGUAAUAUUGAGAUAUAUUCAGUAGAAUUUUCAGCAGCAGGCUAGAUGGGAAGUCCAGGACUGUCCUUCCCAAUCAAGUGGCUUAAGAAGAAGUAUUGAUUCAUUGCACUCAUAAUUCAAACCUCUACUUCCAAAAUCGAUACUGAUUGGCCACCUUUUGUAUCCAGAAAAAAGUAGUUUCAAUUGGGCUCGUGCCAUAAACUUUGUAGGUGGCAUCUUUUUUUUUUGGAAAAAUAAAGUUAUUUAAAUUUAAAACUAGUGUGGAUCUUCUAU